UUAUAGGUUUGAGAAGAAACAAGGGUGGUUUGUGAGAAAAAAAACAUGAAUAGGGAUUUAAUGGCUGAAGAUGUGGACAAUGACAUGGAGGAAGGUGAAGAAAGGGAAGAGGAAGAGGGGACUGUAGGUUAUCCUGAAGAUGAAAAGAAAAAGAAAGCAUCAGGAAGGAGAGGGUCUGGUGGUGGUGGCGGUGGUGGUGGCAGUGGCGGCGGAGUGUCGUUGCCUUCUUGUCAAGUGGAGAAUUGUGGGGUUGAGUUAUUGGCUUCCAAGCGGUACCACCGGCGCCAUAAGGUGUGCGAGAUUCAUGCUAAGUGGCCGGUUGUGGUUGUUUCCGGAAUCAGGCAACGGUUCUGCCAGCAAUGCAGCAGGUUCCAUGAGCUAUCAGAGUUUGACGAAGCGAAAAGGAGCUGCCGGAGUCGGUUGGCAGAACACAACGAUAGGCGUAGGAAGAGCUCAGCCGAAUCAUCUGCCGAAAGAGCCAGAGUUCCAACAACAACAAUCCCUGGAAUUUCAUCUUCUAUGAAUUCUCACAUCAGAUGAGCUUAAAAACCAAAAUCUAUUAUCAACAUGCAGCAUGCUCCCUCUCUUCUGUCUUUCAACGGUUCAUGUCUCGCACUUUGUAGUAGUUGUUUACCAUACUAUAACGUAAGAUCUAAUAAUAGCAGCUUCGGAAUCUUGUUUUCUCGCGGCUUGCCUUGUCGUCGAAUCUACGCUUUCUGUACCUAUGACUCUGUAUCCAUGGAGACUACUAUUGUAUCAAUGAUCAUAUGCUACAUAAUUUCCUAUGGCAGUUGCAUUCAAGUAAAGGAUAUGAUGACACAUUUUGAGAGGCGAGUAUUAUGCACAUAUUUGACCAUUUAUCAGUAGCAAAAUAUCG